AUGAUCCGCUCAACGCAAAUAGCAAGGCUGGAUGGCCUGAUGCUCUGCGCCUCCGUCGACGACGAACAGCAAGAAGCCGCACUCGCCGAGGUCAAGUCCCAAAUCAAACAAAUCCUGCGCAAGCUCUCCCGCAACUCGGAACCCCAAGCCAGCAUCGAAAGCGGCUCCUAUAACCUCCACUACCUGAUCGACAACGACAUCACCUUCCUCUGCAUAACGGACCGCUCCUACCCGCGCAAGCUCGCCUUCACCUACCUCUCCGACCUCGCCCGCGAGUUCACCCAGACGUACCCGGUAGCCCAGCUGCACUCGCCCGCGCUGCGGCCCUACGCCUUCAUGGAGUUCGACACCUUCAUCUCCCGCACCAAAUCCACCUACUCGGACGCCCGCGCCUCCCAGAACCUCGACAAGCUCAACGACGAGCUGCGCGACGUCACGAAAGUCAUGACCAAGAACAUCGAGGACCUCCUCUACCGCGGCGACUCCCUCGAGCGCAUGGGCGAGCUGAGCUCCCGCCUGCGCGACGACAGCAAAAAGUACCGCCGCGCCGCCGUCCGCAUCAACUGGGAGCUCUUGCUGAAGCAGUAUGGCCCCUUCGGCGCCCUCGGCCUUAUCAUCAUUGUGUUUUUGUGGUGGCGCUUCUUUUGA